GUAAAGUUAAAGUGUUAAAAAUAGCCUUAGCCUUGCAAGUGGGCUAAAGUCGCAUCGCCUUCGUAUAUCGAUUCUACAUCAAUGGAUCGAUAAACCCAAUCUGCAGUCUCCACUAUCCGCUCACCACCGUCAAGGUGCAGCUUCGUCCACUUCGUACAAGAACAAAACUUACUUUUGGAACAAGCGCUAAAGCAAAAUGAGCGAAAGUGAUCUGUUGUGCUCGGAGGAGCACGAGCAGGGUCGUCCGCAACGCGGCUCGGAGGAACACGAAACUCGAUUCGCUUGGGGCGGAGACGGGUACAAUCAUGAAAGUGAAACAAUCGCGGGAGGCAGCAAGCGGGACAAGGCCGCUCGUGCGCGCUUUUGCCUGCUGACUGCGGUGUGCUGUCUAGUGUUUGCAGGGUACGUCGUUCCGCGCUUGAAGAGUCAUUUUAACUUGACCCGCAACCUCCUUUCUCGAGCUGACGGCCGAAACAAGAAGCACCGGAACGAUCAUGCAGACUACACUGCUCACGGGGGCGAGGAGCAGAUGAAGAAGGCGCGCAGUGCAGCUGCUGCCCGGAACGCCGAACAAGGUGAGAGUUCUUCGGAAAGAACUGCUAGUGCAUCUACUUCCUCGGCCGGGGGCACCACUACUUCUAGGACAUCAAGAACGAUCUCGAACUCGCAAAGCGAAACCAGUGGUCCCGACCAAAAGACCACGGAACUCGACGACCAGCUGAAGGAGGAUAUCUCUCUGAAUGACGACGCCCUGCGAUAUUUGUGCGGCGGGCAAAGUGUGUUCUUUUCCCCAGCAGGAGCAGCUGCUCCUACAACUCCAACCCCAGGAACGACAGAGAUGUUGUAUUUCGCGCUGCCGUUUGGGAAGGACCUGGACGCAAGUUUCGGCCUCUGUUGGGAGCACUUCUCCGCGAAAGUGCCCGCGCUCGAUUGGGAGUACUUUGAAGGUAUUUUCAAUUCCAGCCCCGUGGUGACCCCGGAAGAGGAGGUCGCGACGGGAAAAAGCCGAGACGACAUCCAGAGCAUGUUUGACACCAGCGGGCCCAUCCGGCACUGGUACCCGUUUCAAGAAAAAUCCCGCCUCGACGUCGCUCCUGCCGCUGCAGAGCAUAGAGCCGCCGUCGACGGACAGGUGUCCGGCGUAGGAGCGGUUGGGUCGCACCCAUCUUCCCCAGGAAAAAGAGUUGUAGAUGACGCGGUCCAGUUGCGAGAACGGAAGACCGAACUCCUGGAUGGUUUCCGCAUGUAUCCCGAAAAUGGAAUCACCGCCAUGUACGUUCUGCUGAUCGACCCGCAGACGCAAAAGGUGGUGUGGCACGCUAUGACUUGCUGAAACGUUACAAUCUCAAACGUUGCAAUAGAGUCUGGAAUUUGAUGUGUUGCAUGAUGGGCAUGACAGACUCGCACAGCGUUCCACCUUUUGCAAUACAAAUUUCCCCAGAUAAUUGUAGUGGGGUUUGGAGCUCCGGAACUUGUCAUGCGCAACCCUAUGAGAGCUGGCUAGAUCGUGCUCAUCAUGCAAGACAAGUCUCAGAUUCUAUUGUAACGUUUGAGAUUGUAACACCUGAGCGGCUUAUACACGCGACCUGGCAGCACCCCGAAAACGACUUCUCGUUCCGCACCGGGUACCUGUGGACGCUGCAAACCGCGAAGGCGUUUCGGGGAAGAGGCUUGUGCAAAGCCGGGGUGCAGCAGACGUUCGCGGUCAUGCAGCGACUGUACAACAGCCCACGCAGCGCGAAGUACUUGCAACAGGUCUUUCCAAAAGAGUACGAAACAAAUAGGGCGCAGCUGCUCACCAGACAAGCACGAGAUGACCCGGCAGACGAGACGCACUUUUUGAAAAAGCUGCUGAUCACGGAUGGCAGCUGGCUGACCGUCUCCUACGACUUCAAGGACUGGAAUGAGGUGGACACGCGGCUGCCCACCCAAGCCGAGCUGGCCGCGCAGCGGUGGCUUCCGCCGGGGCACCGCGCGAUGGCCCCGGGGGUGCUGGAAAAUACCAUCUGGAAGUACACCAAGGACGAGCCCUUCCACCUGUACCUGAUCGACAACUACGCCCCCGUGGACCUGGGCGCGUUUGCACCAGCGCCCGUCGUAGUUCCAGCUGCACCUUCUACUCCGGUAGGACCGACCGAGCAGAUGAAGGACGACGAAAAUCGUAAAGAUCAUGAUUUGGAGCCAGAGCCGACUGCUGCCGUGAUGUUUCAGGCGGUGAAGAAUCACCCACAGCCGAUCGACGGAAUCGCGAACACGUUUGCGUUAUGAACUGCAAAAGUAUCGUGGUACUCCUAGGAAUUGCAGUCAUGCAUUACAAAUCUCCAUCCCAGGUUAAAACAGCAUGACAAAUGGAAGUAUUGCAAUUUCUACGGUGGAAGUGCGAUGCUUUUGCAAUGCAUAUGCGUGUCCCUGCUACCGUGCCCCCUGGAAGGAAGGAAACUACGGAGAACCGGCCUUACUGUUGAGCAGUUUCGGCCCCCAGAAAAUCGGGCUGGAGAUGCAGAAGGACGCAGUUCUUCUUGCAACUUCGUCCUCUUCAGUGACGGCAGGAGCUGCUGGCUCCGCCUUGCCCCCCGCCGGCCGUGGCGGAGGACCUGAUAGUACGAACGAGAGCGACGUCGCUGUGAAAGAUACGCACCAGAUGAAGACUACACUCGUCCCGGACCGUCCAGAUCAUGGUGGAGUAAAGUUACCAAUUAGAAGCAGUAGUACCGACGGGGACAGCGACAUCGUUACUGAAACGGUGCAGGACUGGCGGCCCACGUACGUGUACGACAUGCCGAAGUUUGGCGCAACCACCGUCCAGCAGAAUCGCCUUCCGGCCAUCCCCGAGACGGAUUGGGUCACCAACGACGAGUCCGUGCUGCCGCAGCAGCAGGAAACCGCCCGCGAGCUGCAGCGCCGGGCCUGGCGCGAGGCGGAGGUCGCGCGCGAGGCGGCCGAGAACAGCUUCGCCGGGGUAUCAAAAUGAAAAAUCCCCCCACCCCAUACUCAAACCAGAAAUUUGUGAUGCAGAUUUGUGGUCACAAAUCAGCUUUGUCAUGCUAGAACGGAAAAGAUGCGGACUGUAGUGCUGGUUGGCGUGGGAAAGCCUUGCAUCUUCAGCAUGACAGGGGGCAGCUGGAAGUGGGAAACAGCAUGACAAAUUACCUGCAAACGAGGCCACAGCUGCGUCUCUUGGCCUUCUAGCAUUAUAAGUCGAUUUGUCUACUCAAAUACAGCAUCACAAAUUUAAUUUUCGAUAUGGGGAGGGGGGAUUUUCCCUUUCAAUACGGGGAGGAGCAUGCCUUCCUGACCGCGAAGAACGCAGGGCCGGAAACGCUUUCGAUCUACAAACCCGCUGGCGACGCGGUGAAGGCCGACAAGCAGGCCAUGAAUGAUUUUCUCGCGACCGCCACGCCCGAGCAGCUGCGGCAGGUGGCGCCCCUCUCAUCUCCCCGUGUUGAAGAAGAUGGUGUCGGAGGUCGUGGUGGGGAAACCGGACGAGGAGGUGAUGCUGAUGGAGAUGAACGAGGCGGUCCUUCAUCGUUCGAGGAAAAAAUCCUGCCAACUGUGCAAGUUGUGGGCGCGCCAAAAACUUCAUCACAAAAUCAAGGAGAAUCCUCGACCACAGAAGACGCACCCGCAGCGCACGAAGACGAACAAGAAACGGCCACCGCUCCAGGAAAAGCAACAGCAAUGUCGAAAACCAGCCGUGGACAUGAGUGACGCCGUUUUGUCGCAUGGUGUACGGCUGGGAUGAAGAGACGUGCUUUAUGCAGCCAGGGGUAAGCACGCAUGGCUACCGGCAGUGAGUAAGAGUAUUUAAUGAAUUGAUUCAUUUAUCGCUAAAGUCAAAGGAAAGCUGAAAAACUAAGUCUCUCUAAGGCUAGUAAUGUCGCAGUUGUAAAAAGAACCGAGUUACAAACGAAAAUUGGAAAAGUCAUAUACUUGUACUGAAUAGCACCCGCCCAAUGGUAUCUGUUUUCUCCAAACUCACUCGACUGUACCAAUUGAUCCUGCUUCCUGCUACGCUGUAAGUAUCUAGUCAGACCACGACGAGCCACGAGGGACGUAAGUACACGUAUUAUUUGAUUUCGUUUCUCUUUGUUCAUCGUGGGGAUUUACCGAAUGUUUGUAAAAAAAUGAAAUGAAAAAUCCACGUUGCUUCUAUCCCACCCUGUUUGUAAUUGUAUGAUGAAAAGAAAAAGAUAAAGAUGAUAAGAAUUUUAACCUAGCCAUAUUGGAACUUUGUAUGGAAAGGUUGAUUUGCACUUGCGUCUGCAUCUAGCUACCUAACGAAGGUCCCAG